GGGUGUGGCCAAGCCGAGGGGUGUGAGCUAAAGGGUGGGUGGUAUCUGCGUGUACGCGUCACAGGUUAGUGCUAGCUGUCAAUUGCUUAACAAAACGUCUACAACUUUAUAUUUUAGGCAAAACUUGAAACGCAUGGUGGCAGGGAAAUGAGCCUGGAAUCCGCAAUUAUCUAGCUACUGUAAUAGUUAUGCAUGAAUGCCGCUGCUUUCGUCGUAUAUCCCUUUUCACGAGGACUUACACUAGAGAGCUAGCUAGUGGGCUACUGCUAGCUAGCUGACUUGCUAAGUUCGCUACCUAAGAAAGUGAAAGAAGACGGCAGCUGAACAGAAGCUAUACCAACUUACUCAGACCUAUGCGACUGAUAUCAGGUGAGUGAUGGAGACAAGAGAGUUGACUGUGGUGGCUGGCAGCUUCGUGGGGUUUCAGCUGCUCUUCUCCGUGGCCAGCCCGCUGUUCUCCUCAACCUUCACCCCUGGCUACGGCCGCCUGCCCUCCAACAAGCUCACUGAGUGGAACUCCAGAUUGGUGUCCACUGUCCAUGCUCUGAUCGUGGGCCUCUUCUGUCUCUACAUCCUGUGGUUUGAUGAUUCUGUCAACGCAGACCCCGUCUGGGGGGAGCCUGGACUAGUGAAACUUAAUGUGGCCAUAACAUGUGGUUAUUUGCUCUAUGACCUUGUGCUUCUGGCCACUAACUGGAGCACAAUGGGGGACAGCUUUUUUGUCUGCCACCACUUGGCGGCGCUCUAUGCAUAUGGAUAUGUCUUGUCUCGUGGCGUGCUUCCCUAUUUCGCCAACUUCCGUCUCAUUUCAGAGUUAUCCACACCUUUUGUGAACCAAAGGUGGUUCUACGAGGUGCUGAAGUACCCUCGCUCGGACCGCUUGGUUGUGGCCAACGGCAUGGCCAUGGCAGUGGUCUUCUUCAUGGUGCGCAUCUUCGUCAUGCCUCCCUACUGGGCCCGGGUGUUUGCCACCUUCGGAACGGAGGCCUUUGAGCGCUUGGGCAUCGGUGCUCAGGUGGCCUGGAUCACAUCCUGUAUCGCCCUGGACAUCCUCAACACCAUCUGGAUGUACAAAAUCGCCCGCGGCUGCUACAAGGUCAUGAUGGGCGCCAGUGGCAGGAAGGCCAAAGAGGUCUCCCCGCUCAAGCAGAACCAUGUGAAUAACCACACAGAUUAAGAGAUACUGGCCGGAGGGAGGGGGGGAUAGACAGACUCUGUGGAAGGGAGACAGGAAGGACUUCAAGGGCUCUUAUAGCCCCUGCUAGCUCCAGCCUUGCUAUUAUCGCCAUACCUGGAAAUCAUGCAGCCGAAUGGGGUCAGGUCCUCAUCCGAUUCAGCCUCGCAGACUGGUCCCACACUAGCUUCUGUACCUCAGUGUUUCAUCAAUGGUAUGGUGGUACCCUGGCUGGGUUUGGUUGGAGAUGACAGAGUAGCUGUUAAGUACACUCAUUAUUGUUCAACUUCAACCCAAACUCAGUCAUCUGAAGUGCCUGUGAUGGACAGGUAGAAAGCAAUAAAAGAAGAAACCGUACUCUGGCUCUGUCAGACUCCCUCGCCCAUCAUCCUUUACUUUUUUCAGUUCCCUGACCCGUCCACCCAGAGGGGAGCCUCCUGCUUUUCCCUCAGAAUAAGGACCUCUUAGUGUGCUAGUUUGACAGACCGAGACACCACAAUGCCUCUUACUGCAUUUGCUGAUGGCCUCCUUUUUAUGAACACCACCUACAUCGCCAGCAGACCGGUCCCCCUCUCACAGCAACAGUUCAGAUGCACAUCCAGGGGAAAUGGAGACAGGGAUGUGGGGAUUGGCUCCUACCGCUGCUGCCAACUCUCCGGAAUCAUGUUUUUCAUUGGACGCUUUUGCCUCAUCUCGUCCAGGGUCUGGCUGUGCUCUGUUUGGGUCUCAGUUAUCCCAUUUGUUCCUCCUGUUACUCAACAUCAAAACCAGGAAUUGACAUCAACGCGUCUUAACUUCACUACACUAUCAUAACCCUCUGUUACAGCUGAGCGGUUAAAUCCAUCCAGUUUGAUGCUUCUGUUCUACCUCUCCCCUGCCUUAUAAAGAUGUGUCAGUCCCUCCAUAUGAGAAUAAUCACAAUGAGUUGUUUUCUCCUUCUGUAAUGAUGUUUUAGCCUUUGGAAAGAUCUCAUCCAUUAUCUCUAGUAUCUCUCUAGUGGACUGGAAAGGACGUUUUCUCUGUUUCUCUGGAGAUUUUCCCAGCCACUUCAGUGUAACACUACUUUUAGACACUAGAACAAGUGUUGUGUUUAUCUAAGGUACCUCUGGGGAUUUUAACUUCCAUUUUUCUCUAUUUUCUGUGUUCUAUUGAGAACUGAAUUUGGAACAAGAGCAGGUCCCUUUAGGGGGGGGAAAUUCUCCUGUUUUAGGUGCUGUUCUGCCUACAGAGUGGCAGCCAUAGGAAUGCUGGAAAUGUGAUGUUCCCAAUCGUUUCUUUAGAUAUUCAUGUAAGAUCAAUUAUGAAUGACCUAUCUGACAAGAACAGCCAUACGCUGGCAAUGUUGUACUAUAUGUGUAGCCAUGUAAAGUCCUACUGUAUUACUCAGUUGGAAAUCUUCCUUUCAAAUCAAGUUGAUUUGAUUGAUUCAAAUCACAGAGCUUGUUAAGGAAAUGUUGGAUUAUGAUUUAUACUCUAGAUCACUAAACAGGAUAAAUAUGAAUUGCAUUAAUCUAUGGGUUCCUCUGCACUUCAUUUUAAUCAGUGUAUUUGAUGUUUUUCACCCAGCUGUAUUGAGUGCAUGUUAAGUGUUUUGUUUUCUGUCCUCCUCCUGUCCCUAAAGCGUUGACGUCGUUUGGGACGGGGGGUCUGAAAUGUUUGACUUUUCACUGUGGAAUGAAAGCACACUCCCCAUGGUGGAGCAAUAACCUUUUGAGCCCCUCCAUGUACCACCGAGGAGGGUUGUAUUGUCGUGCCUUUACGCAAACAGGAAAUCUAUUGCAGUCCGGUAGAGAUUAGCAUGACAUUUUAAUGUAAAACUGCUGUUUGUUUUCCUUUUUUCUCGCUAUUGUAAUCUCUUCUCUCUAUGUAUAUUUUUGUACCCUGCACAAUAAUGAAUCCAGACCAGUAUUCUCCAAAGUUGACCCCUCUGUAGGGCCUGCUUGUUUUUCUCCUGAAUACGGGAGCGGGCCCCGAUUUCUAAAUGUUGUGGUGGUUCUAGUGGCAUUAGGAGGAGUGGGAAGUGGCCUAGAGGCUGCUGGUUAUGAUCAGAAUGAAGAUGAGAUUGGAAAUGUAAUUAUUGUUUGUGUAGUUAUUCAGCUACUUCAGCUCUGUUGAGAAGCUAGUGAGAUUCAGCGCACUCUUUUUCACCCAGUCCUCCAAUACGUCAAGCUGUGAAUAGAGCAACAUGUUUGUAUCAUUCAUCAGUCAAGAAAACAGCUGAGUACAUGUGUAGCCUGAUGAUGAGAUUUCUGGUUCACCAGUAGGCUGUGGUGUGCAUUUAAGUCUGCUUCGGAUGCCUGUGAGAGAGGCUGUACUUCUGCACAAUGUCCAAUGUUUGUACAAACUAUUAGUUGGCUGUGUAGUGUUUGUCACUUGACUUCAGUGUGUCUGUGGUGUGUUGAAUUGCAAUGUAGACCUCUGGGUGAUUUUUUUAAAAAUAGUUAAUGUUUUGGUUUUUGGAAAUGAGGAAGUGACACGGCGGUUUCUGUAACAUCAUGCCCGAGUGCACUUGUAUCUGCAAGAAAUAACCGUGUGGCCUUCUAUCCCGUUUGAAAGGCUAGCAUUGUGUAUUAAGAGAAGGUACAGAGGGUCUCAGGCCCUGGUGAGAAAUGAGAACAUGUUGUAGCUCCUGGAAGAACUGGUAGAACUGUUGCAUUUCAGCUGCAUUUCAUCUCUUUUGUAAGGUUGAACUUAGCAGCGUCACAAGACUUUUAGCCAUUUGAUACUAAAUGUCAUGGAUUAGCCAGAAAAUAACCUUUGACUGAAUCAAUGAAUUCUUGCCCCAGCUUUUUGUGGACUCUCUCGGAUAGUCCUGCUUCACCUGUGGAGCAGAUCUGUAGAGCGCAGCAGUCGCAUCCUUUCAGUCACAAGGAGGUGCGGAGAUGGAACAAAUUAAGUCAAGAAAAUAACUAAUAUUCAUGAUGGUGAUGAAACGAGUGAACAUGAACUAAUGAGGAAAAAAAGCAUAGAUCAAAUGUUGCCAGUGGAUUUUUUAUUUUUUCAUUUUAAUGCAAUGACAUUUGUUUAUUUUCUGAAUAUUUUAAAUGUGAAAAGAACAAUACACGGGCCUUAGGGUCCCUGUCUCAACACCAUGUGAUUUAGUGACCACUACUAAUGAUGUUGUUGUAGCACUGAAAGUUGAAACUUACUUGAAAGUUUUGCUCUUCAAUAAAUUUGAAGACAGAAAAAGCAAUAGUCUCAAUCAUUGCUUUUUGGCUUCAGAGUAUCAAUUCAAACACCAUUGACUUUCAUGUAUUUUGUUUACACUGGUGCACACAAAUAGACAAUUUUAUGAAAAUACUGCAUGUUGGCUGCAUCGUAGUCAGAAUGCGUACAGCAGUGUUAGAAGGCUUAGAACUAUCCAAGGUUUGUCUGGCUCAGUCCAGUCUAGCUAGUCCAUCACAUUUUAAUUGUCACAUGCUUCGGAAACAACAGGUGUAGACUAACAGUGAAACGCUUACUUACGGCCCCUUCCCAACGAUGCAGAAUAAAAGUAACACGAGAAAUAAAUACAUAAUGAGCAAUGAUAGUUUGGCUGUAUACAGGGGGUAGCAGUACAGUCUGUGCAGGGGUCCGAGGAAAUGGAAGUAGAUAUGUACAUAUAGGUAGGGCUACUGAGUGGCGCAGUGGUCUAAGGCACUGCAUCUCAGUACUAGAGGUGUCACUGCAGACAACCUGGAUGGAAUCCAGGCUGUAUCACAACCGGCCGUGAUUGGGAGUCCCAUAGGGCGGUGCACAAUUGGCCCAGCAUCGUACGGGUUUGGCCGUCAUUGUAAAUAAGAAUUUGUUCUUAACUGACUUGCCUCGUUUAAAGGUUGCAUUCAAAAAAUGAAACGGGAUAGUGACUAGGCAACAGGAUAGAUAAUAGUUACCUGUGUGAGAGGGUGCCAGCUACCGCUCCUCUUCUGCCCGUUCUACAGGAGUUAGAGAGAAAGAAGCAUCUGAACCACUGUUUGGCUCUGAUAGAAUCCAGCUCUACCGUGUGCGCCGGUCAAGGGGCUGGGUCACAGACUGGGCCUGGAGAGCGUUACCAAACAUGGUCACAUGAGACUCGAGGAAAAUCUCUUCUGCUACACACACACACUAUGUCACCUACACUAGUACACAACAUAAAUGCACAGACGUCAGUGCUUGUAAUGUAGUCUGACUGAAUCUGCAAAUCUGGUGCUGCUUGGAUCACAAAUCUGUCUGUUUACUGUAAGUGGAUAGUGUAUUUGAAAACACUGAUUCAAUCAUUUAGGUCUAUAAGUAUUAGUGAAGUCUCCUUUUCCAUUUUUCCAUAGCAUCUUUACAGCUUUCAGCAGUUCCAUUCAGUAAUCAAGCUCCCCAUGUCUUUAACCAGCACUAUUGAGCAGCAUAUUGUUACAUUAAAGUAACAAAUGCAGUAUUGGGAUGUUUGAGGAGGUAUUUGUGCAGUAAGCUUUCCCAGACUUAAAAAAACUACUCUGAAAUCAACAUUCCAGACUUCUGAGAGGCUAUGAAAAUAACCCUUUUUUUUUUUACAAGGUACUUAAAACCCUUGACAAUUCAGUGGGGAUUUAACAUGACUUUUAACCAGUUUAUUAAAUAGCACUUUGCUAUCAGAUACUAUACACAAACACUUUAUAAAUGCACACAGACACUUGGGUAUUAAUUCACCAAAAAAUGUAUUAGUCAAGCCCAUAUUUUGUUUCAACUUUCAGUCCUACUGUACAUAGACACCCCAAAUUAUGAUGCUAAGAACCCAGCCUUCUGAAUUCUUCUCAGCCUAGGUUGAGGAGGCCUUCUACCGUAAAUAGCCAGACAGAGUUGAUGAGGGUGUGGAGAGGGGGGAGCUGGAACUUUGGAAAUGCCCCUCUACCAUCCAGAACAGCAGUUUUCUGUCUCUCGCUGCUUCUCCAUGUUUCUCAACAGUUCCAGCUACACACGUGCACAUUAUUUCUUUGCUUUGUCAAAUAUUAUGACUUGCACAAUUUGUCUGCCUCUCUUGGAUCUCGUAGCUCUCCCGAAGCCUCAGUCUUCUCAUCUCCCUUUGCCUGAGCUCUGUUUUUAGCCUAGGUGUCCUUCCUACCAAGGUGUACCCUCUCUAAUGGCUCUUUUCUUGUGUUUCUAAUUCAGUUUGAAUUUAAAGUUGUAAAGUUAUCCAAACCUUGUCAUCUCAAGACCCCAGCAUGUUAGCGUUCAAAUAAACAGGCCAUCAUAAGAGGUUUCCAAUCUGGAGGUGUGGAUAUGUUCCCUAUGCUUCCUCUCACUGUACAUGACCCACAACAGACCCACUGCACAGCAAACAUGUAACAGUAGUUCAUUAUCAGUUUGAGGGAUUCCACUUUCACAUCACAUUACAUCUGGGCUGCUCCAGCCAGUUACGGCCCUUCCUUCUCCCAUCAUGCCCAAAUAAAGUGUCCAAAUUCCUCUCAUGUGCCUCUUCUCUCCUUGAGAUGUUUAUAAGACCCUUGCUUGGUCCCACACUCAGCUACUCUCUCUCUCUGUGCUUCUGUAUUUCACUGACAGUCUGUUUAUGGCCACGUUACACAAGGCUUCACUAUAAUUUGAGUUUGUCAUCACAGUCGCAGCCUCAUACCUAAAGUAAGACUUUAAGGUGAGCUUUAACGGGGCAAUCAGUUAUUACAUCCUUUUUUAGACAUAAAUGAAUGUUUCCAUUGAUUCUUGAAGAAUGUAACUUAAAUGCCUCAUGAGCUUAGUUUUAAUGUCUUGCCCCCAUCAGAACCCCAAAUAUAAGCCUGUUUUACUCUAAUGUUUGUAAACAAAAUCAAUGUAAACAAACACUGUAUAGCCUCAAAACAUGGUUAAAACUAUAAUGUUGAUAUCAUGGAUGGUCAGUCCUUGCAUCCAUAGGUCUGUCUAUGAAUUUGAGAGUGAUUACAUUUCUACAGCUCCAUCCCUCAGCUUUUUACCAAAACAGUGGUUAUUUUUUCAACUGCUGAUUGGCCCUUUAUGGUGUAUGAGUCCUAUCUUCACAAACCAGCUCUAUCUAAGCUUUGCUUAGUGUAUCUUUUUCUGGUCAUUGUUUGUUAAAGUGUGCACUCUCAGAUUCACAGUGUUCCUCAAACUCUUCAUGACUAUGUGCUGAUAUUAAACGUCAACUAUUGGGUUAUAACGUAGUUGUUAACAUUGUUAAUGGUGCUCAGUAGUUAGAUAGGUAGCCCAGUAAGAGUCUAAGCUUCAUAACCUCUUGGUUUAUACACUAUAGACUAUUGUGUGUAAAGAUGUCUGCCAAACUCAAACGUCUACUACCACUACAGCUAGCCUAUCAGGUUGAAACUCAUUUAUCGUCAAAAAAUGUGUGACCUUUUCCACACAAAUGCAGUGCAAUUGCAAUCGUCUGAGCUGAGGCAUUAUGACUCUUCUCAACCCAAAUCAUUUACUUUUAUAAUGUUGGCAGGUCUGUGAUCUUCUAGAAACCAUUAUAAAACAGGUAUUUCACCGCUGGUGGAAAUAGCUCAUUUGUCUUUGUCGCAGGCAGAGAAAGUACACCUGACUUCCACUCUUCUUCAUUUGAGAUGCCCUGCAAAAAAAACACAUUGGUGUCCCAACGAUAUGCUCCAACAUGUAAUUACACUGUAACUGGAAUUAGUCAUUAAUUGUCCAUCAUUGUCUAGGAACCUCCAUAUUAAAAACCACUUGGAAUCAUG